AUGGCUCUUUCUGAGACGUGGGUACAGUUUGUAAUGGCCGCCACUCUUCCCUGCUCCACAGACCAGGCCAGCAUCCAGGCCGCCGCCCUGCCUGGCACUGACGGCUGUCUGGCCUCCCCGAGGGUCCCUGCAGGACUGGACACGGCGUGUGCUGGCAGGAGUGGUGCUGCGGUGGAGGUCGUGAGACCGGGCAGCAGCAUGAGCGGCUGGUGGCGGCAGCAACAGCAGCAGCAGCAGCAGCAGCAGCAGCAGCAGCAGCCAGCCUCAGGUGUGGGGAGGCGCAAGCAUGGUGGCAAGAAUCAUCUGGAGGCAGGCAGCUCUGUCCACAGAGGAGAGAGCAAGUUUGAGUGCCAGCAGUGUGACAAAACUUUUGUAUCCAGACAAGGCCUUGACUACCACAUCCUGACACACAGUGGUGUUAGAAAUUAUGAGUGUGGUGAGUGUGGCAGGAAAUUUACCUGUAAGCCUUCCCUCACCAGACACACCCUGACACACAGUGGUGUUAGAAAUUAUGAGUGUGAUGAGUGUGGGAAGAAAUUUAUCCGCAAGUGUCAGCUCACCUCACACACCCUGACACACAGUGGUGUUAGAAAUUAUGAAUGUGAUGAGUGUGGGAAGAAAUUUAUCCACAAGUAUUCCCUCACCUCACACACCCAGACACACAGUGGUGUUAGAAAUUAUGAGUGUGAUGAGUGUGGGAAGAAAUUUAUCCACAAGUCUCAGCUCACCUCACACACCCUGACACACAGUGGUGUUAGAAAUUAUGAGUGUGAUGAGUGUGGGAAGAAAUUUACCCACAAGUCUAACUUCACCACACACUCCCUGACACACAGUUGUGUUAGAAAUUAUGAAUGUGAUGAGUGUGGGAAGAAAUUUACCCACAAGUAUUCCCUCACCUCACACACCCUGACACAUAGUGGUGUUAGAAAUUAUGAGUGUGGUGAGUGUGGGAAGAAAUUUAUCCACAAGUCUCAGCUCACCUCACACACCCUGACACACAGUGGUGUUAGAAAUUAUGAGUGUGGUGAGUGUGGGAAGAAAUUUACCCGCAAGUCUCAGCUCACCUCACACACCCUGACACACAGUGGUGUUAGAAAUUAUGAGUGUGGUGAGUGUGGGAAGAAAUUUAUCCACAAGUCUCAGCUCACCUCACACACCCUGACACACAGUGGUGUUAGAAAUUAUGAAUGUGAUGAGUGUGGGAAGAAAUUUAUCCACAAGUAUUCCCUCACCUCACACACCCUGACACACAGUGGUGUUAGAAAUUAUGAGUGUGAUGAGUGUGGCAAAAGAUUUCCUACCAUUUCUCGUCUCAAUCAACACACCUUCAGACACACUGGGGUGAGGGAGUUCGAGUGUGAUGUUUGUGGCAAGUGUUUCAAGACAAAGGCUGAGAUUGCCCAGCACGUGAAGAUCCACUUCUGAGGUGGUGGUGUGUGGACACAUGGGGCCACACCUGUACCUGUGGUGGUGGUGGUGGUGGUGGUGGUGGUGGCUGUACCUGUGUGUGCUGUGAGGGAGUCAUGGCCCCAGCAGUUUUGU